GCCCCCAAACUUCUGGGACUGAAGCUGGCCUAUGGUCCUAUACCUAUAUAAUCGAAUCGCCUCUCUCUCUAAAACAGAAAGAGAAGAGAGAGGAGAGAGAGAAGCAUCAGGGACCAAGUGCGGGCUCCUGAAAGAGAGAGAAGCCAUUUCCUCAACCAUUAGAGAGAGAAAGAAGCUUCCUAUCUGCAUCAAUUAAAGGGAGAGAGAGAGAGAGGGCAUUGGCCUCCAAAGCAUCUAGAGAGAAAGGGAACGAACAGGUAAAGAGCGACAGAGCAAACAACCACCCAUUAAUAGAGAGAGGAAGAAUAACCAUCCAUUAAUAGAUCGACCCCACAACCACCAGAACCAUGGAUCACGCCAAAACCCUAACCCUAGAGCAAACCAUCUCGCCUCAGAACACGUCAUAUACGGAGAAAACCCUAACCCCAGGCCACGACCGUCCUGUCCAGAACAUCAUAGUGAUGCGCCAUGGCGAUCGAGUGGACCAGGUGAAGCCGUUAUGGAUUCACAAUGCUCAAAGGCCAUGGGAUCCUCCGCUUGUCGAUGAAGGAAAGAUCAGAGCUUGGUGUAAAGGAAAGAGGCUUAGAAAUGAGGGGUUUCAGAUCCACAGGGUUCUGGUUUCUCCAUUUGUUAGGUGUAUUGAAACUGCUUCGGAGGCCAUUGCUGCUCUCUGUGCACAUGAGGAGCACCUUGUUGAGACCACCAGCGAAAAUGCAGUGAUUGAUCCAACCAAAGUCAAGGUCUCAAUAGAGUAUGGACUGUGUGAAGCCCUGUGCAGGCUGGCCAUAAACCCAGAAGUGGUUCCUAAAGAUGGAAAGUGGUUCCCUGAUGUCUCUGAGCUUGAAGCUUUGCUGCCUCAGGGAACUGUUGAUCGCUCUGUAGAGCGCGUGUACCCAGAGUUGCCACAAUGGGAGGAGGAAAUGGAAGAGGCAAGGGACAGAUACAGAAGAGUCAUUCAGGCUCUUGCAGACAAAUUCCCCAAUGAGAAUCUGUUACUUGUCACACACGGGGAAGGAGUUGGAACUGCAAUAUUAGAAUUCUCCAAGAAGCCGGCAGUUGUGUAUCAAGUAGAUUAUUGUGCCUUUGCACAUCUUCAAAGAUCAGCCUCUUCCCUUGAUGAUUUUGAGGUCCUAACAAAGAAUGGUCAGACCGGUAUUUCUUGCUACUAUGUAGAUUGAUCAGAGAGAAUUACUGAGAAGAACAUGCCACAAUGGGGAGCACAUUGAGUUAAACUGAGGCCCCAAAAGUAAAUUUAAGAAGUGAGGAUAUUGGAUUGGCUUGUUACCUGGUUUAACCAUCAGAUCUCUACACGCUCAGUGAUCUGAGAUCAUGGGUUUGAAUGUUUAGACUGCCUUCUAGUUAGCUUAUUGAAGAGAGAUUCAAUUACUUUACUACUUGAUAAAUCUCAUGGUUGUUGAUUUCACUAUUUUAAACCCUAUUCAUUCAAACUAUUCGAUAAAAUAUAUGGUUGGUGGUUCACUAUGUUGGACCUUAUUCAAUUGAAAAUAACUGGGGACUCUCUCUCGCUCU